CUGGAAAGAGGGGAUUUAGUCAUUUAAAAAAAAAUUUGAGGUUCGGUAGUUAAAAACAUAUGUAUUUCACCCUCACAUCAAUCACUCGAGAAAAACACUCAGUGAACAUACACAGUUUUAACGAAGUGAACCUCCUCUUCGUGGUUUAUUUCUUCCCUUUAAACCUGCUGCCGUCCAUCCAUCAUCUCUUCCACACACACGCGCGCGCCCCCAGGUGUGGUGACGACGACAACGCGGAAGUGUGUUGUCAACAGAGCAGGGAGCCGUUGGAGAGAACCGUCCGCCGCCGCCGCGAUGUCCAACAACGACAGUACCCGAUACUGUCAAAGAUUCUCCUACGCUUUUCUCAAAUUCACCCUGUUCGUCUAUGCCAUCGUCUGGUGGUUGAUAGGCGCCUGCAUCCUGGCAAUAGGCAUCUAUGCUGAGGUGGAGAGACAGCGUUACAAGACACUACAGGGGAUGUUUUUGGCCCCGGCUAUAAUCCUGAUCCUUCUGGGAGUCGUCAUGUUUAUUGUUUCAUUCAUAGGAGUCUUGGCUUCACUGAGGGAUAAUCUAACUCUAUUGAAAGUGUUCAUGUACACGCUGACUGUGUGUCUGCUCCUGGAGCUGCUGGGAGGAAUCGUGGCGCUGGUGUUCCGCAACCAGACGGUGGACUUGGUGAACAAAAACAUCCGAAGAGGCAUAGUGAACUACUAUGAUGACCUGGACUUCAAAAACAUAAUGGACUUUGUUCAGAAGAAGUUUAAGUGUUGCGGUGGUCAAGAGUAUAAAGACUGGUCAGUCAACAUGUACCACAACUGUACUGCACCUGGUCCACUGGCCUGUGGUGUCCCUUAUACCUGCUGCAUUAUUACUAAGCCCAAUGAAGUGGCCAACACCAUGUGUGGGUACCAGGUGUUGAAUAAGGAGCGUUUGGCCUUGAUCGAUACCAUCCAUAUCAGAGGCUGCACUGACGCUUUCUUCAUCUGGCUGAUGGACAACUACAAGAUUAUGGCUGGACUGCUGUUAGGGAUCCUACUGCCUCAGUUCUUUGGUGUGAUAGUCAGCUGGUUGUACAUCACUCGUGUUGAAGACGCCAUCAUUGAGUAUGGUAACUACAUGGAUGGGCUACUGGACCCACAGCAAAGAGCAGCAAAGAGCCACGGCCGCAUGGCCAAAUGGUUUAAAUGUAUGCCAGACAUCGACUGACAGAGACAAAAAAACAAAAAGCAGCAAAUGGACUGCGGCCAACACUCACAGUUGGUUAAAUCACUCCAGUCGAUCCAAAUACUGCUGCAGCCGUUGCAGUAGUUUGCCUUUGAACUGCAUUUACUAUUUGCUCACUCCAUUGUGGAGAAAAAAUGUUUUUUUUAUUUUUUUGAGAAGGAAUCAUUCAGCAACCAGACUAUUGAGAGUUUAUUAUUCAAGUGUACUUUUUUCGGUUUUAUUAAUGUUGGAUGUUUAACAUGUUGUUUAGUAUAUCUUAUGUAUCCAAGACAAAAAUGUUUGCAGGGCCCAUUGUAUUAUUAAUUAUUAAAACUGUGGUAACAUAUAGUGUGCUAAUGUAUGAGUUGGAAAUAUGAGAUGUGUGCUUUUAGCUGCAGUGUGCCUCAGUCGGUCUCAGGGAUAAACACAUACACCAGUACAACCAGUUUAGCUUCUGGUGUUAAAAUAUGACAUGAAAUGACACACAAACUAAUCAGUUACAUUACUCAACCACUUGCUUUUUUACUUGUUCAUUGUUUGUUCUUCUGCUGCCAAUUAAAUGGUUACUUCGCUAUUACCAUUACUAUUCAAGCACUGAUGAAGCAGAGCCUGUCAAACAUCAAACACUACUUUUGCCAAAAACAACAAAAAUGUAAUGAAAAAUAGAUUAAGAUACAAUUUGUGUCAUCUGAAAGCAGGACACGUGUGCACUAUGUGUAUAUAGAACUGAACGUACUCAGAGGUUUUAGACUAAAACCUGUAGGAAGAUAAUUACUUAAAUACCUCUCAUUUAAACUAUUCAUAAACCUUUCACAUCUCCAUAUAAACCAGUGCUGUGUGUCCAUGUUACACACUGAACCUACUCAGUCUUUCCUUUGACGUACCAUUUCAAUUCAAGUCUGCUGUAUUUUCAUCAAAUACAGUUUCCGUUCAUCUCAGUCAACUUACUAGUACGAUGAGAAAAUACAAAGCAGGUCCAGAAGUUUCAGUUCAGAGACUCUGCUUGAAGAUAAUCUUGUUUAAGUCUGUUUAAAAGGAAUGAAUGAAUUAAUGAAUGAAAGGAUGUGGCACUGCCGUAACAAGAGGAUAUCUCAGGGUUAUAAUGAAGUAUGCGGUAGCAGCACUGUCCCCCUAGAAAUUAGGUUUAUAUACAACUGAUUUGCAACAGCAAAUAUGUUGUGUGGGAAACAGAGUUCCUCUUGAAUUAGCUUUUUAUCAACAUAAUGAGGAAAUGCUUUUAAUGAACAAAUCCGCCAAGUCGCAAAAUGUUGCACUAUACAAAACAUAAUGUACUUUCAAAGAGAAAGGAUUGUGAAUAGACAUAUUAAAAUAGGCUGACAAGAUAUUGUGCAGAUAAAAUUGACUCAGAAAAUCCUAGAACACGUAAUCAGUGUGGUUUUAAGUUUUACAGAUAUGCAUUUGUCUCGACGUAACUGAAUAAUGUAAAUUUAAUGUGCUAUUGAACUUUGAUAUGAUGUGAAGUGCAAAACUGAGACCAAACACCAAGUCUCU